CUGGAGUAGGGAGGCACUUUGGUUCACGUUAUCAUUUGAAUAUUUUUUCAUUGCCUGUGUUCUUCCUUUUGGGCUAGAUAAAGUAUAACAUUUGUCCACCGAUCGACUGUUUUCGAGAUCUCCACCCGUAUCACCUGGAAAUAACAUCUGCAACUCCGUCAAGAGGAAUGUUCCUGGUACUCCAGCUGUAGCCUGCACCGGCGAGUCUACAGCGAAAUGGACUCUGAGGAGCGCAGCUCAGCCAUGUCACAGAAGAUCUCCUCCCUGUCACGCAGCAACAGCAGCUCCUCGUCCAAACAUGACAGCCGACAGGACAGCUGGGAAAUCGUGGAGGGCCUGCGCAGAGGCUUCAGCAAUGUCCUGGAGCCACAGAAACAGGAGGGCUACAUGCUUAAAAGGAGAAAAUGGCCCAUGAAGGGAUGGCAUAAGAGAUACUUUUUCCUGGACAAGGGCAUCCUGAAGUAUGGCAAGUGCAGUGCUGAUAUUGAGAAGGGGAAGCUUCAUGGCUGCAUUGACGUGGGUCUCUCUGUCAUGGCCAUUAAGAAGAAAGCCAAGUGCAUCGAUCUUGAUGCUGAGGAAAACAUCUACCACUUGAAGAUAAAGUCGCAGGAGCUGUUUGAUGAAUGGGUGUCCAAGCUACGUCAUCAUCGUCUCUAUCGGCAAAAUGAGAUUGCCAUGUACCCUAAUGAGAAGUCCUUCUACUAUCCCCAUUACCCCUCCCCCAACUCCCCUAGCAUGGCUGACGGCGCCUCUAUCAGAAAGUGCAUGUCUCUACGCCGACAGUCCACAGUGCAUUCUCCAGGAACCUUUCCUUUAGGCUGCAACAGUCAAGCCAAAGUAGUGGCCUGGCUGCAGUCAUCUGAUGAUAUGGAUAAGUGCUCGAAAGACUUGUCAGUCUGUGAGGCCUAUCUGCUGGAUCUUAACCACCUCCUUCAGAGUAUGGAAGUCCUCCAUCGGACCUAUUCUGCUCCAUCUAUCCAAGCCCUGCAGACAUCUACAUUUGACAGUCCCAAAAAGGAAAAGAGACUUCCAAGGAAAUGGCGCACUAAGAACUACAACAAAGAUGUCAAAACUACUCUGCAGGUUCCCAGCUGCAUCUCCUCCAGCUCUGUUCGCCUCCAUGCCUCUAACCCCAACCUGUCCACUGCUGCACUCGGCAAUGACAAAGCCGACCCCGAAUCCCAGGAUGCAACUUUUGAUGUGGCCAGGCUGCAGGAGGAUUUCUGCCGUGUUGCUGCCAGCUUGCACACCACAAUGAAGUCAGCCCUCAGUUCACUGAUGUCUGAGAAAGAGAGAUUGAAACAAUGUCUGGACCAUGAAACCUGUCCCCCUACCUCACCGCAGGUUGUUGGCUUGAAGAAUGCGCUGGCAACGAAACAGGACUCUGUGGAUGAAUCCCGUCCCCUAGUGCAUCAAGUAUCCAAUGAGAGCAGAGCUUCAAUUGCAGAGUCGUUGUCCGAGUUCUUUGAUGCUCAAGAAGUCUUGCUGUCUGCUAGUUCCUCUGAAAAUGAGAUAUCUGAGGAUGACUCAUACAUCAGCGACAUUAGUGACAACAUUUCUAUGGACAACUUCAGUAAUGAGACAGAAAGUGAGAGACCAAACUCAGGCACUGUCCUUUAUCAGCGUAGAUCCUGUCUGUCCUCACCAAGCCCCAACAACAGCACCAUCAGCCUGUGGAACAUCCUUAGGAACAACAUAGGCAAAGACCUGUCCAAAGUGGCCAUGCCAGUGCAGCUUAAUGAGCCACUUAACACCCUGCAGAGACUAUGUGAGGAGCUGGAGUACAGCGAGCUGCUAGACAGGGCUGCUAACACACAGGACCCUUUUGAACGUAUGGUGUACAUAGCCACGUUCGUAGUAUCAGGUUAUGCAUCCAGCUACUACCGCACUGGGGGAAAGCCUUUCAACCCCAUCCUGGGAGAGACAUAUGAAUCUGACCGACCAGAUAAAGGCUUUCGAUUUGUUGCAGAGCAGGUCAGCCAUCACCCUCCCAUCUCAGCUUGCCAUGCAGAGUCUAAAAACUUCAUCUUCUGGCAAGAUGUGCGUUGUAAGAACAAGUUCUGGGGGAAGUCGAUGGAAAUUGUGCCUAUUGGCACCACACAUGUAACUCUGCCAGGGUUUGGAGACCACUAUGAGUGGAACAAGGUGACGUCAUGCAUCCACAACAUUCUCAGCGGACAGCGCUGGAUAGAGCACUAUGGGGAGAUCUCCAUCAGAAACACCAGCAGUAACGUCUGUCAGUGCAAGAUCACUUUCAUUAAGGCCAAAUACUGGAAUUCAAGUGUGAAUGAGGUGGAGGGAACUAUCACAGAUCAGAAAGGGAAGGUCAUCCACAAACUCUUUGGGAAGUGGCACGAAGCAGUUUUCUGUGGAGACCCGCCUUCAGCCAAGUGCAUCUGGAGAGCGAACGCAAUGCCUGUAGACCAUGAGCAGUACUAUGGUUUCACCAAGUUUGCUAUUGAGCUGAAUGAACUGGAUCCAUCCCUGAAGCUGCUGCUGCCACCCACAGAUACCAGACUGCGUGUGGACCAAAGACUGCUGGAAGAGGGGAACUUGGAGGACGCUGAGGAGCAGAAACAGAGGAUUGAACAGCUGCAGAGAGAGAGACGGAGAGUCCUUGAAGAGAGCAACUUGACACAUGAACCUAAAUUCUUCAGGAAGUCAAAGGAGGAUACCUGGGUGAGCAACAACAGGUACUGGGAGCUGAGGAAGGAGGUUGGCUUUUCCCAGAUAGAUUUUCCAACACUGUGGUGACCUGAACUGAGUGAUCACACACAUUUCGACCCACACAGCCUCUACUGUGAUCCAGGCUGGUUCUGGUGAUGCCUGUAUUCCAGUCGCACCAUCCACAUUCAGUACUGGUUUUCUUCAUUAGAGCUCAUCUAAAAGUUAUUGCCUUAAUAGCAAGUGCUUAAUCUGAGUUGUGUAAACAUGUUUAUGCAAGCGUAUUAUGAGAAUGCAGACAUCCCAACUCUCCCGGAAGUUUCGGGAGUCUCCCGCAUAUUGAUAGCGGCUCCCUGACGCCCGCAAAUGAGAUACAAUCUCCCGGAAUCUGGAGCAAGCAAGCAAGAGUGCGCUCUAGAGAGUGUCUGUGCGUGCAAUUUUUGCCCCUAAUUUCACCUGUUUAUGAUACACUGUACAACUUAAACUGGGAAAUGGAAAACUACAUGGUAUAGAGGAUGACAAAUCCUUUUCAUAACUAGUCUCUGCUAGUUUAAAAGAACUGAAUAACUGGUCACUUUAGCUACGGUCUCAUCAUGGACAUUCUCUACCUCUGAGAUAAACUAGCCUUGAUAUGCCAUUGAUUAAGUGUACACAUCCAAUAUUUAUUCUGCACUUGCCUGAUGCCUUACUGGUUGUAUUCAUAUUAAUUAAUUUAUUUUUGUUGCAUAUUUUAGAUGUUUUAAAAAAGGUAUGUUUUGUAAGGAAUUCUUAAGAACAGAGGAGUAUUGUUCACAUGAUCCUUACUGAACCUUUUACUGCUUUUUUGCUAUGACUACGUGAACAACUGUGUAACUAUGAGCAGCAGUAGCAAAUGUCAAAUCCAUCCGUUUUUCACUUUGUCCAAUGCACCAUUGUC